AUGAAGAUUUUCCUCUUUUUCUUCAUUUUGUUCUUCUUUGGCAUCUUCAUUCUACCAGUGGGCUCUGAACAGCCUACUAAAACUCCUAUGCCAACACCAACAGUCGUGUGUAGAGAGAAGCUCGAGGUAUUAUACUUAAAGACACAAACACUUCAGAAGACACAAAAUGAAGAGGAAAGCAAUGCAGAUUCAAACAAAGAGCUCCUUGUCAUUGAUCGUUGGGACAUAUGUAAAAAACUAAGUGGUCAAUGUAAAAACCAAUGUGGUGAUAAAGAAUUUAAGAUGAUAUACUGUGAAGUGCCUACAGUUCAGUGCUGCAUAAGAGAAUGUGACCCUGUGGAGUAA